UGGAAGUAAGCACCCCCACUAGAUUUUAGCAUUCCUCAUUAUAAAUUAGUAUAUAGUAAUAAGUACAAUUAAUGUCGCCGCCCCAUCUACAUUUUCGAAUUUUUUUUAAAGAAGAACAUGUAGUAAGUAUCCUAUUUACAGAGGGUUAGGUUUGCACCAAGUACUUUCCCUAUAUAUAUAACAAAAGAAAUAUAGUAAGAUUAACAAGCAACGACCACCAUUUCUGGUUAGCUGGGGUGACUUUCCUUGUCACUGACCGACCGUGAGAGGCAGCAGAAAUCAGGAGGGGCUAACAAUGGCCGCGUCCGAUCAACAAGACGCCGGCCGGCACGGCACGACGCCGCUGGUGUUCGACGAGGUCCGGUGGGUGGUCCAGAUCCGGCACUCCCUCCAGGAGGACGGCGCCGGCGGCGACGACGAUGACGACAACGGCAUUCCGGUGUCCGUGUUCAACGUCCCCAAGCAGCUGCGGGUGCACAAGCCGGAGGCCUACACCCCUCAGUUCAUCGCGCUCGGCCCCUACCACCACUGGCGCCCCGAGCUGUACGAGAUGGAGCGCUACAAGCUCGCCGCGGCGCGGCGCGCGCAGCGGCGGCUCUGCGCGGGGCUCAAGCUCGAGGGCCUCGUCCAGCAGUUCGCGCGGCUGGAGCGCAAGGUCCGCGCCCACUACCACCGGUACCUCGACUUCAGCGGCGAGACGCUGGCGUGGACCAUGGUCGUCGACGGCGCGUUCCUGCUCGAGUUCCUGCAGAUCUACGCCGCCGACGAGGGAGACGGCAGGGCGCUGCGGCGGGUGUCUUCGAGGAUGGCGCACCUCGUCGACUUCGCCGGGAGGAAGUCGGCGCACAACCUCAUCCUCCGCGACAUGCUCAUGCUCGAGAACCAGGUCCCGCUCUUCCUGCUCCGCAAGAUCCUCGAGCCGCAGUGCGCGUCGGCCGACGAGGCCGCCGGGCUGCUCGCGCGGAUGGUCACCGGGCUCAUGAAGGAGCUCUGCCCGUUCAAGAUGAUGGACAGCUUCCCGGCGGUCGACGUCGGCAAGCACGCGCACCUGCUGGAGGUGCUCUACCACAUACUCCUGCCGAAGCCGGCCGAUGACUCCACGGCGGAGGCCGACGCAAACGGCAACUUCCACGACGACGGCUACGACAUCGAGGAGCAGGCCGCGGACGGCGGGGGCGCGGAGGAGCAGCAGAAGCCGGCCGCCGGCGGCUGCGAGUACGUGAAGCAGCUCUUCCUCGCCGUGUGGGGCAUCGUGUCGGGGCUCAAUAACAAGGCCGGGCCCAUGCGCUACGUGACGAAGCCGAUCGAGUUCGCCAUCAAGGCGCCGUGGAAGAUGCUCGCCGUCGUGCCGGGAGUGGGGUCCUUCAUGUCAGCUGGCGACGGGAGCGCCAACCCCCGCGACCCGAGCUCCUCCGCGGGGUACCUGACCCGGCCGCCGCUGAUCGAGGAGAUCAUGAUUCCCUCGGUGUCCGAGCUGGUCAACGCCGGCGUCAAGUUCCUACCGACCACCGGCGACCUGUCGACCGUCGCCUUCGACGCCAAGGCGGCGACCUUCAGCCUGCCCGUGGUGACCCUGGACUGCAACACGGAGGUGGUGCUCCGGAACCUGGUCGCCUACGAGGCGGCGGCGGCGUCGGGCCCGCUGGUGCUGGCGCGGUACACGGAGCUGAUGAACGGCAUCAUCGACACGGACGAGGACGUGGCCCUGCUGCGGCGGCGCGGGGUGGUGCUGAACCGGAUGAAGAGCGACGGCGAGGCCGCCAAGCUGUGGAACGGGAUGACGCGGUCGGUGCGGCUCACCAAGGUGGCGCCCAUGGACAGGGCCGUCGAGGAGGCGAACCGCUACUACAACUCGCGGUGGCGCGUGAAGGCGAAGCGGUUCAUGCGCAAGUACGUGUUCAGCUCGUGGCAGGUGCUCACCUUCCUCGCCGCCGUCUUGAUGCUGCUCCUCACCACGCUCCAGGCCUUCUGCUCCGUCUACACCUGCUCGCGGUGGUUCGGCGCCGUCACCAUCGCCAAGGCCGGGUGAUCGCGUUGGUCUCGCCGGGAGACUUUCUGGAUCGGGACGCGCGACAUGAUUUGCACGGGGGUUUGGUAUGGGUCGACGACGUGGUAAUUCAGUUUUGUUUUGGGUGGUGUGGGUUGGCAAUUCGUUGUUGUUUCGAUAUGAUGUCCAUAGUAAUUGGUUGUGAAUGAAGAGGGAGAUCGAAUUUUACAUUUGUAUUUGUGGUGAUUUUGCAAUGGGACGUGGUUAGAUGAAUAACAUCGCUUAGAUUUUAUA